AUGGAUGUCUUGGAUAUCCUCAUUCCAGAGAUCUUUGGGUGGCUCCUGCUUUUCCUCUUUGCUCCAUGGAAGUGUGUGGUGACUGUUUCCUCCCCCCUUUGUCCUUGCAGGGCUUACAUGAGUGUGAAGGAGCUGAAGGAGGUUCUGCAGCUGAACAGCACCCACUUCCUCAAUGUUUACUUCGCCAGCUCGGUGAGGGAAGAGUUGGCUGGUGCUGCCACUUGGCCAUGGGAUAAAGAGGCCCUUAGUCACCUGGGUGGAGUUGUCCUCAACCCUGCCUAUUACGGCAUGCCUGGCCACACGAACACCAUGACCCAUGAGGUGGGGCACGUCCUGGGGCUGUACCACGUCUUCAAGGGAGUGAGCGAGCGGGAAUCGUGCGACGACCCGUGCCGGGAGACGGCUCCAUCCAUGGAGACAGGAGACCUCUGUGCUGACACUGCCCCCACCCCAAAGAGCAAGCUCUGCAGGGACCCAGACCCCACCAACGACACCUGUGGCCAGACGCACUUCACGGGAACACCCUUCAACAACUACAUGAGCUACACGGACGAUGACUGCACCAACACCUUCACCCCCAACCAAGUGGCCAGGAUGCAUUGCUACCUGGACCUGGUUUACCAGCGUUGGGGGCACAGCAAGAAGCCCACGCCCAUCCCCAUCCCCCCCAUGGUCACCGGGCAGACUCAGGACUCCCUCAGCAUCUACUGGCUGCCUCCCAUCGGUGGGGUCAUCCACGAGAGGGAGCAGGACACCCUCUGUGACAGCUGUGCAGAGGAUGGCACCUUCCGUCAGUACGUGCACGAGGCCUCUUCCCCUCGGGUCUGUGACUCCUCUGGCUACUGGACCCCAGAAGAAGCAGAAGGACCCCCAGAUGUGGACCAGCCCUGUGAGCCCAGCCUGCAGGCCUGGAGCCCAGAGCUCCACCUGUACCACAUGAACAUGACAGUGCCAUGUCCCCAGCCAGAUGGCUGCAUCCUGGAGCUGCGCUUCCUGCACCCCGUCUACCCCGAGUCCCUCACCCUCUGGACCACCUACCUCUCCACGGGCACUCCCAAAGCACUGUCUGACAUCGAAGUCUUGACAGAGCAGGGGGAAUCCAUCCAUCUGGGCCCCCUGGACACCUUCUGUGACGUCCCUUUUACUGUCAAGCUCAACAUAGCUAAGAAGGUGUCUGGAGUCAAAAUCUACACCUUCGACGAGAGGAUGGAGAUCGACGCGGCCCUGCUGACCUCCAUGCCCCACAGCUCUCUCUGCUCCUCCUGCAAACCCUUCCAGUACCGGGUCCUCCGUGACCCCCCGUUUGCCAAUGGAUCCCCCACCACCCCAGCACAGCCCCACAGACACUUUGUGGACAGGGAAGUCUUGCCUGGGCAGGUGUACCACUACCAGGUGCAGGCCAUCUCUGGGACCACCUCAGGAGAAGCCUCCCCACCGCUCAUCCAUGUCCAUGGAGCACCCUACUGUGGGGAUGGGAAGGUCACCUUGAGCCUGGAGGAGGAAUGCGAUGACGGGGACUUGCUGGAUGGGGAUGGCUGUUCCAGGAAAUGUAAAAAGGAAAAAGGCUUCAACUGUGUUGGGGAACCAAGCCUGUGCUACGUGCACGACGGGGACGGCGCGUGCGAGGCGUUCGAGGUGACAAGCAGUGUCCUGGACUGUGGUCCCUACACACCUGAGGGGUACCUGGAUCUGUGGGCAGCCACAGCCUACGCCUCCCAUCAGGACCUGAAGUCCUGUCCUGUUUCCUUGGUCACUGGGGAACCUGUUGUGAAGGUGUGCUUUGAGAGACCUGCAGUGCCCACGGCCCUCCUGCUCUUCCUGGCCUCUGAUGGCUCUGUCCCAAGCCACCAGCACAACCCCAGGGUCACUGUCCAGCUGAGCGACGUGGACGGGCUGAACCACUCUCUGGGGAUGUAUGAGCUGUCCUGCCAGCACAACCCCCUCAUCAUCAACGUGACUCAUGGCCAGGAGGGCCCAUCCCACCGGGUCGUGUCAGUGCUGCUCAACUUCUCCUCCCCCCUGGUGGGCAUCACAGCCGUGGCCUUAAGGACCUCAGCUGAGCCUGGCUCCUCUGACCCCAGGACCUGCCUCCUGCAGCACCAGGAGGCACCUGGCCAUCAGCCCUACAGCUGUGUCCAUGGUCCCUGUGCAGGAUCAGGAAGCUGCACACGCCCACUGCUUGCUGAUGCUGCCACCCUCAACUGCACCUCUGAUGGUCCAAGGCACAUGGUGUGCAUCGUGGCCUGCAAAAGGGGCUUUGUCCUCCACUCCAGCAAUGGGAAGAGCUUGGGCUCCACGCAGGAGGAGCUGGUGCUGACGUGCAGCUCAGGACGGUGGGACCGGGCUGUGACUUGUGAGCCUGUUGACUGCAGGGUCCCUGACCAGUCCCACGUGAAUUACGCCGAGUUCUCCUGCCCCACGGGGACCACCUUCCUGAAGAGCUGCUCCUUCUCCUGCACCCCCCCAGCCAAGCUCCAAGGGACAAACCAGUGGCUGACCUGCCUGGAGGAUGGUCUCUGGUCCCUCCCUGAAGCCUACUGCAAGCUGGAGUGUGACACCCCCCCACCAGUGGCCAACGCCAAGCUCCUGGUGCCACGGUGCCUGCAGGGGAACCACGACGUGGGCUCGGUCUGUCGCUACAGGUGCAAGCCUGGGUACCACGUGGCUGAGAACGCAGCAGGCAAGCCAAGAAAGAAGUUCCUGAAGGUCCAGUGCCUGGAGAGUGGACAGUGGGAAGAGGGACACUGCAUCCCCGUGGUGUGUGAGCCCCCUCCUCCUGUCUUUGAGGGCAUGUACAACUGCACCCAGGGCUUCGAGCUGGACAGCCAGUGCACCCUCAACUGUGAGCCACAGGGACAGCAGGUUCCCAUCAGCUGCACCAAGGAAGGUUUGUGGACAGAGGAGUUCAAACUGUGUGAGAACUUACAGGGCACCUGCCAGCCCCCCCUGGAGCAGAAUUCCGUGGAGUACAAGUGUGAGCAGGGACAUGGCAUAGGUGCUGUGUGUGUCCCUUCCUGCCUCAUACCUCCCAGUGACCCCGUCAUACUGCCCGAAAACGUCACUGCUGAGACGAUGGAUCACCGGCUGCAGCCCACCAGAGUCCAGCACAUCGUGUGCACGGGCAGGCGGCGCUGGCACCCGGAUCCCUCUGCCAUCCACUGCAUCCCGUCCUGUGAGCCCUUCCAAGCAGAUGGCUGGUGUGACACCAUCAACAACCGGGCGUACUGCCAGUAUGAUGGGGGUGACUGCUGCUCCUCCACACUCUCCUCCAGGAAGGUGAUCCCAUUUGCUGCUGACUGUGACCAGGACGAGUGCACGUGCCGUGACCCAGCGGCCGAGGAGAACCAGUAG